AACGGUCAACCAUUUUCCAAACCAUUGCCAUUUUGUUUUAUUUUUUCCUAAUAAAUAGCGACCCAAGUCCUUCUGCUUUUGCUUAUUUCUCAAAAAAAUUUAUCUGUUUUUUUUCUUUGCUUUCUCAAAAUUCUCCCAUGGCGUCCAACAAUGUGACCCUCCAUUGAUCAUCAACAUCACGGAGUCAUCGCAGUGGCACACCCCGUAAUUAUCGUUGGGUUGCCAUUCUUGCUUUUUUUUAAUUAUUCAUAUUCUCCUUUUCAUGCCCAAACAAAGGACCGGGACACAGAGCUCCAUUAUCGGUCGGUGACACGAAAACGAGCACAUCGUCAUCAUCAUCAACAUCAUCAUUUUGAACAAUCAAAAGGCCUCCCACUCCUUGGCCUUUUCUGCGUAUUAAAUUUUAGUUUUUGACUGCAAAAUCCAACUGGGUUGUAUCCAAAACGUGCAAAUUCAAAGUCUUUUGGCCUAAAAAACCAAAUUUUUUUUUGUUAUUUUUUUGUGUAAGAUGGGUCAGUUGCAGGAGAGGUUCCGUGCCUUCAUCAACAACAGAUGGCUAGUGUUUGUGGCUGCAAUGUGGAUUCAAUCUUGUGCUGGGAUUGGUUACUUGUUCGGAAGCAUAUCGCCGGUGAUAAAGAGCAAUUUGAACUACAACCAGAGGCAGAUUGCAAGGUUGGGUGUGGCUAAGGACCUUGGGGAUAGUGUAGGGUUCUUUGCUGGGAGUUUGUGUGAGAUUUUGCCUUUGUGGGCUGGUCUUCUCGUUGGUGCUUUGAAGAAUUUUAUUGGGUAUGGUUCCGUUUGGUUGGUUGUUACUGGUCGACUACCUACUUUGCCUUUGUGGGCGAUGUGCGUUCUUAUAUUUGUGGGGACAAAUGGUGAAACCUACUUUAAUACAGUUGCCUUAGUUUCCUGUGUGCAAAACUUCCCAAAAAGCCGGGGACCUGUUGUUGGAAUUUUAAAGGGUUUUGCAGGUUUAGGUGGUGCAAUUUUAACUCAAAUAUAUGCAAUGAUCCAUGCACCAGACCAUGCAUCUCUAAUCUUCAUGAUUGCAGUCGCUCCAACAAUGGUGGUUAUAGCUUUUAUGUUCAUUGUCAGACCUGUUGCAGGUCACAGACAAGUCCGCCAGACUGACGCCAUGAGCUUCACAUUUAUCUACAGUAUUUGCCUUCUUUUGGCUGCCUAUUUGAUGGCGGUCAUGCUGGUUCAAGACCUGGUUUAUGUUAGCCACACUGUGAUCAUAAUAUUUACAGUGGUUUUGUUCAUCAUCCUCCUGGUUCCCAUUGUGAUUCCUGUGUCGUUGAGCUUUUUCCUAGACCCUAGAGGUCCAGAAGAAGAGGCACUCCUAUCUGAGACACCGAAACAAGAAUCUGGGAAAUCUGAAUCAGAUGUUAACGAAGUAAUUUUCAGUGAGGUGGAAGAUGAGAAGCCUAAGGAAGUAGACUUGCUUCCAGCAUCAGAAAGGAGAAAACGAAUUGCUCAGUUGCAAUCAAAACUAUUUCAAGCAGCUGCUGAAGGAGCAGUGAGGGUCAAGAGCAGGAGGGGUCCGCGUAGAGGGGAGGACUUCACCUUGAUGCAAGCUUUGAUUAAAGCAGACUUUUGGCUUAUUUUCAUCUCGCUUUUGUUGGGUUCUGGGUCAGGUUUGACAGUGAUUGAUAACCUGGGUCAAAUGAGCCAAGCACUCGGAUAUGAUAAUACUCAUAUAUUUGUAUCCAUGAUUAGCAUUUGGAACUUUCUAGGUCGCGUUGGUGGGGGUUACUUCUCUGAGGUUGUUGUGAGGGACUAUGCUUAUCCAAGACAUUUGGCAAUGGCUGUGGCCCAGUUUAUCAUGAUAUUUGGGCAUAUCUUCCUUGCAAUGGGGUGGCCUGGGGCAAUGUAUAUUGGUACCAUGUUGAUUGGGCUUGGCUAUGGGGCUCACUGGGCAAUCGUACCAGCUGCUGCCUCUGAAUUGUUUGGCUUGAAAAACUUCGGGGUGUUGUACAAUUUCAUCACGAUGGCAAAUCCUGCUGGUGGUUUACUGUUCUCUGGUUUAAUUGCCAGCAAUAUAUAUGACCAUGAAGCAGAGAAGCAAGCUCAUCAACACCUACACUGGGAACAGAAAUCAGGAUCGUUUUUCUCAAGCAUGCUUGGCCUGGAUGAUCCACCAAAAUGUGAAGGUUCCAUAUGCUUCUUCUUAACUUUGGUAAUAAUGGCUGCAUUUUGCUUAGUUGCCUCUAUCUUAAGCAUGAUCCUUGUGUAUCGGACUAAGAUCGUGUACAAGAACCUAUAUGGAAAAUCCAGUCAAGCUAGGGUUUCAUAAUCAAAGUCUUUCAGUUAAGUCAUUGUUGUUUCUGUAUACCCUGUCCAAGGUUGUGUAGGAUUUUUGUCCUUGUUUCUUUUAAAAUAUAUCUAAAGAAUCACUAUGUAAUCCAAAAUGAUUCGCUUUUAGAGUGAGAAUCAGAAACUAGUGCCCUUUUUUUUUUUUUUUUGUGUGUGUGUGUACUGUUCAAUGCCUGCUGCGUAGUAGUUAGGAUUCCCUUUUGGUGCUUGAGAUGUUGUAUUCUUUAGAGUUCAAGUUUGUACUCUUCAUUGACAUGAAAGUUUUAGAUUUCAUAGUCAGUUGUGUCCACUAUUUUCAAUGAAUAAAGAGUACUAUUUAUGUUGAUUCUUC